AUGGACGUGUGGAACAGAACAACAGUAAGUGAGUUCAUUCUUAUGGGAAUCACUGAUCUGCCAUGGCUUCGGAAAUUCCUUUUAUUUCUAGUCUCUUUUUUCUACCUAGUUGACAUUAUGGGAAAUCUAUCUAUUGUCGUAUUGGUGAUCAGAGACCACACGCUACAUUCCCCAAUGUAUUUCUUGUUGGCCAAUCUUUCCUUUGUGGAUAUUCUAUUUUCCAUGGUUACGGUUCCCAAAAUGAUAGCUGGAUUUUUGGUGGAGAACACUAUUUCGGUAAAGGGUUGCAUUGCUCAAAUGUAUUUCUUCCAUUUCUUGGGUUGUGCUGAAGGUGUCCUUCUGGCUGCGAUGGGAUAUGACCGAUAUGUUGCCAUCUGCCACCCCCUACGAUACAUUGCCAUUAUGAAGAAGAGUACUUGCAUCCAACUGGUCUUAAUUUCAUGGCUCAUUGGUCUCACAACUUCACUAGUUCAUGCAGUUAUGACAUCACAGCUCCCAUUUUGUAACAUUAAAAGAGUAAAACACUUUUUCUGCGAUGUUAAACCAGUAAUAAAGCUAGCAUGCAAAGACAUCCAUGUCAAUGAACUCACUUUAACCAUUGUCACUGGCUUUCUGAGCACAAGCACAUUUUUUCUUACAACCCUGUCUUAUGUCUACAUUAUUACUCAUCUCCUGAAGAUACGCUCAUCAAAGGGAAGGUCCAAGGCUUUCUCAACAUGUUCCUCUCAUUUAACCAUUGUCAUCUUGUUUUAUGGGACAGCAAUGUGCACUUACCUUGGACCUGCCUCUGAAAACUCAAUUGAAAAAGACAGGGUGGCAGCUAUAUUGUUUACAGUUAUUACCCCUACUCUGAACCCUCUUAUUUAUACUUUAAGGAACAAAGAGGUUAGGAAGUCAUUAAUAAAACUUAUGAACAAAUGUAUUAUUUGGAGGUUAUGUCAGCAAUAA